AUUUAAUCUUUUUCUUUAUAUGAAUUUUAGGUAUGCUGUUCCUCCAGAGCAUGGGAAGCGUCUUGAAAGACUAGCUCAAGGGUUCUUCCCAAGCAGCUCUGAUGGAUGUGAUGCUUUUCUUCGCCACAAGAUGUCUCUGAUUUCUCCAUCAAUAUUGAAGAAGUAUGGAAUUCCUUUUGACAAGGUUACACAAGAGGCAGGAGAAUUUAUGAUCACUUUCCCAUAUGGAUACCAUGCAGGAUUUAACCAUGGUUUUAACUGUGCAGAGUCAACAAACUUUGCCACCUUCAGAUGGAUUGAUUAUGGAAAAGCAGCAAAACUGUGCACUUGUAGGAGGGACAUGGUGAAAAUAUCUAUGGACGUCUUUGUGAGGAAGUUUCAACCAGACAGAUACCAGCUGUGGAAACAAGGCAAGGAUAUAUACACUAUUGAUCACACAAAACCAACUCCUGAAUCAACACCUGAAGUGAACACCUGGCUACAGAGAAGAAAGAAAAUAAAGGAAUUUCCCAAGAGCUUCCCUCACACCAGAUCUCAAUCUAAAAAGCUUAAAACUCCAGAGGACAAGAGAGUAUCUGCUAUGGUAGCUGGUGCAGAAAUCACAGCAACUGAAGCAGCUACUGAUAGCUUCAAGGUCAGUGAAGAACCUGGGAAAAAAGUGAGGCUUGUAAACACAGAAGCGCCUUCUGGGGGAGAAGACAACAGUAGUAGAAUGCAACUGGAUCAACAUUUGUUGGAUGAUGUCAAGGUUGCAGGAAGCAUCCAUUCAGACUCAUUUUUGAGACCUGUUCCUGUACUAGAGAAAACAAAAAUGGAAGAUGAGAACAGGACAGAUUCCAGUCAUCCUCUUGCAUUUGAAGUUUCUGUCGCUUGCAUGCCAACUUCAGAUAGCUGUAGAGAAGAAGAGAGUUUGGCAUCUCAGAAUCAGUCUGUUUCACCCAUACCAUGCCGUAAGUCAGAAGGACAAGCUUCUGAAGCUGAAAACCUAGAUAAAGAGGAAAAUGUCUUGAUAGAGGAUGGUGUCAGCGAUCUAGAAAGCUGUGGAAUGUUGGAACAUGGAGACGUACCUGUUGUAAAGAACGAUGAGAAAGAUGGCGUGGAAACAUCCACUUCAGUGGAAGUUGAAGGAAUGAAAAUAUCUAAGAGUUGGUGUCAUCCACUAAAUAAACCCCCAACUGGAUCUCCAAUGACUUUGGUUAAACAUCAAGCGACUAUUGAUGAAGAACUGCCUGAGACUACUUCAAUCGAAGAGAAAGUUCAAGAGACAGAGAUAUGGGCCAGGCCUCUGGUCUACCUUUGGCAGACAGGGGUAUCCAAUUUCAAUGCUGAAAAAGAAUACAAUGCAGCUUGUGCAAAAAAGGAACCCCACUGUGCCAUUUGCACUCUUCUCAUGCCAUACUAUAGGCCAGACAAUCAUGAUGAAGAAAGCCCUGCUUUCAGGGAAGCAAACUCAGCAGAAACACUGAUGGCUGAAAAUGAGAAGACCAAACCUCUUAUUCCAGAGAUGUGUUUUAUUUAUAGUGAGGAAAACACCGAAAACUAUCCAUCAAAUGCCUUUAUUGAAGAAGAUGGAACAAGUCUUCUGAUUUGCUGUGUGAAGUGUUGUGUACGGGUUCAUGCAAGUUGUUAUGGUGUUCCUUCUUAUGAAAUCCAUACUGAAUGGUUAUGUUCUCGAUGCAGAAAAGAAGCCUGGACAGCCGAAUGUUGUCUCUGCAAUUUGAGAGGUGGGGCAUUAAAGCAAACUACUGACAAGAAGUGGGCACAUGUAAUAUGUGCAGUUGCCAUCCCAGAAGUCAGAUUUGGUAAUGUCACAGAACGUACUCCGAUAGACACUAGCAGAAUACCUUUGCAAAGAUUAAAAUUGGUGAGUAAUAUAUUCAUAUAUGCUUCAUAUAUUCUUCGCUAUUAGGGUGUUCCAGUAUUUCAGAUCUAUUAAAGUUUUGACUUGUGAUGAUUAUUGCAAGGUACAUAAGCAGUAAACUAUUUUUAAGGUAAGGGAUAAAUAACCAGAGUUUUAUCAGGAUGGGCUUUUUUGACAUAUAAUGGCAACUGAUUAACACUGUUAAGAGCAUUUGGUAUUUUAUCAAAAGGAGCUUGAACCUGCCCUCCCUCAAAAAGAAUAACAAACUUGACCAGUGUCAGCUAUGAAAGUUUCAGUUUUGGAACUGUAUUGGUAGGGAAAGUAUUGGAACCCAAACAGGCUGUGAAUAUCCCACAGUCCAUAUUUGUGAGGUCUUUUUGUUAUGUAUUUUUGCCUCAAGGAACUAUUUAUGAAGAUAAAUGGAUGUAUGAUCUGCUUGAUGCAUGGUACCUCUACCAUCUGUGGCAGAGAAAUGCACAAAACAGAUCACACAUUAUAAUGGAUGGAAAAAACUGUUUCCUGAGGAGUUUCAAAAGCUGCUGGAAAACCUAAAUGAAAGCGCAUCAGCUACUAGCAGUUGCAUCUUGUGUUACAUAUAAAAUAACUAUAAUUCAAGAAGGCUGAUGUACACAAGCAGUGUAAAUCCUCUGCUAUGCAAUGUAUAUGACUAUCCUACUUAUUGUUUGGAUCAGUUUUCUGGA